GGUUUACGAAAUGGAAGUCGUGUUUUCUUAGCUAGCCGUCAAGUUCUUUUCUUUAUCCACUGUAGUAGUUAGCAUUCAACCGCUAGAGCCGGCAGCUGUUCCAACAUGUUGCUGCACAGUCCACCAUAUUUGUUCACUUCAAAAGUCUUUCGUGUCUUAAUCAUAGGAUUUUUACUAAUUACAGUUUCAAUGCAAUACUACAAUCAUCAUAAACCCAAAUUCAAUUGCGUAGAAAUUGUGCCAACUCACGUGAAUGACCCUCAAACUGAAGAUGGCGAUCGGCAAAGCGUCCCACCGUGUCCAACAAUUUCACCCAAGUUGAUUGGCUGGACAAACCUUUCUGCUGAGACGAUGUCGUCUAUUCUAGAAGAAGAUGAAAACGUUGUGGAUCUGCGGAUGAAAGAAGCUGGACUUGAAGCUGGAGGUAAAUACGAGCCGAAAGAAUGCCGAUCGCACCAGCGAGUCGCAAUCAUCGUUCCAGUACGAGACCGCAAAGAGCAUUUGACUGUCUUCUUGCGCUACAUGCAUCCCUUCCUACAGAGAAAGCAAAUGAGCUACGUCAUCAUCGUUGUGGAACAAUCUGAACAUUUGCCAUUCAACCGAGGAAUGCUGAUGAACAUUGGAUUUAAAGAGGUUCAAUUAUUUGAAGAGAAAUACCAAUGUCUCAUUUUGCACGACGUCGACAUGCUUCCGGAACACGACGGCAAUCCGUACGCCUGUCCAGAGGAAGGCAGGCCUCGACAAAUGGCUUUUUCCAUGAACUAUUUUAAGAACUAUACGCCGGUGGGUGAAGGAUUUUUCGGAGCAGUGACGGCAAUAUCGACGGCUGAUUUCCAACGAAUCAAUGGCUUCUCAAAUUCAUUUUGGGGUUGGGGCGGCGAGGAUGAAAAUCUCUAUCAUCGUGUUAUCGCACAAAAGCUCACCGUUGUUAGGCCGUUCGAUGGCCAGCCGUUGCAUUCGGUGCGUUACAUGAUGCAAUCCCAUAAGAGAGCCGUACCCAGCCCGGGCCGCUUCGAUGUCAUGAAGGGAGGUCGAAGUGGAUUCCAGGCCGACGGACUAGUCAACCUGAAAUAUCAAAAACUCGAUUAUCAACUCAAACCACUAUGUACUCACGUCCUUGUCGAUUUGCAACCAUCAAACACGUCAGCUACGUAACCGGUGCGAUGUCAUCAAACGUAUUUUGUCUUUUCACUGUGGGAAAAAAUUGUAAAGAAAACAUAUUCCGUUUAAAAAAUAAACUACACAGACGGGAAUUAACAUUGCUUACAUUACUAAAUUAUACCUUGUAAAUCAGAAAUAACAUUUUACGGUCAUUAGAAAGCAUUGUGCAUUCGACAAUAUAAUUAUCACUGGUCCA